AUGUUGAUAUUACUGAUCGUACUGCUGGUUGCCAAAACAAUCGCAUCAAUAAAUAAUUUUGCCACCUCGGUUAAUGACCAGGCUGCACGCGAAUACCUUGCCAAAUACGGUUACUUAGAAAAACAAACUAAUCACGGAGUAAAAUCGCUCGAAAAGCUGGAAGAGUAUGAAGAGAAGGAAAAACUUCGCGAUGGGUUAAAGAAUAACAUUAUAUUUAGAGUUAUGCAACAGCUAGAAUAA